CUUUUUACUCUUCAACUCUACUGGGUCACGUGAGGAACCGAAACUGAAACUUAAAGCGGGAGUAAAGGAAUUUCCAGAUCUAAAUAUUUCUUUUAUUCGACAGUUGUAGAGUGGGUUAUGAAUAACAAAAAAAAUUACUCCUGGAGAAAAAAAAAUAGAAAUCAAAGUUCAGCAGAUCGUUUUGAUUCAACCCGUACCGCCAUUGAUUCAACCCAUGAAUUGACAAGUAGAUUCACUUCCCUAAGAAUGGCUGAUCCUUCUGAAAGAGAAAAACAGGAAUUUCAAUAUGAAGAAGAAGGAAAUAUUCACAUAAGGUCCUUCUGUGAAGGCCGAGAAUCAGAAACUGAAAUGGAACAAUUUCAGUCACUUCAUGACCAAAGAACUUAUGCGAACCGGCAGAAUCAACAAAGAGGCCGCAUGAAUCAAAGACGUAACAACAGAGGUUAUUCUAGAAGCAGAAGAAGUAAUUUUAAUAGAUCUCAAUCAAGAUCCUCUGAUACUGAAAGUGUUUCAUCAUGUGAUUCACAUACCCAGUUUACCCAAUCACAUAUAAAUUUCAAUUCUUUAAACAAGAAUCCAGCAUAUUCUAAUUCUGUUUUAGAAACACCUGAAGUCAAUUUCAGUUUUUCAAACAAGAAUCCAACAUAUUCUCAUUCUAUUUCAGAUUCACCUGAGCUCUUUUCACAUAAGUUCAAUGCUCAAAAAGCCUUGGAUGUCCCUGCAGAUCCUGUUAAUGAAAUUUCUUCGGAAGAUUUUGGUUCCGCGUUCAAUUCUCAGAAUAUUAAACAAAAUAAUUUUGAUAAUUGUCCAAAAAAUAACAGUUAUUUUGAUACAAAUAAUGAUAUAACAAAUCCAAAUGCAAAGAGCUCUAGACAUAAGCUAAAUGAAUAUAAAAACUAUUUAAAAAAUCUAGAUCCUGCACAUGUAAUUAUGGAGUGUAGACAACAGGUUGAGGAUGAUGCUAAAGACUCAAUUGUUAUGUGUCUAAAAAAAAUUAAUGAGAUAUCUUCGCAACAUCAUAGCUCUAUGUUAAAAUUACAUUUGGAGAACUUGCUACAACAGCAACUUCAAUUUGAGGAUUACAUAGCUAAAGUUAAGGGACAGUUAUCUUUAUUGUUUUCAUCAAAUAUACAAGAUCUACUUGAAAACUGUGAAAAAAUUGAGAAAAAUGUUAAAAAAGAAUGCAAUAUAUUUAAAAGAUCUCUUCCAGCAUAUGCUUAUAAAGGAGCUUUAUUAAAAAGGAUACAGGAAAAUAGGGUUACUAUUAUAAGUUCUGAUUCUGCAUACUUUCUUAAUAUUCUCCUGCCAAUCUUUGUUAAAAGUGAAUUUUCUGAUCAUUAUCUAGUUUGUUCUGAACCUUGUCGGGUAUUAGCUGAGAAUUUAAGAAAAAAUGUCUUUCAACUAUUAUAUGACAAGAUUGAAACAGAUGAAAUUGAUGAAAUAAAAUUUAAAAAUGAAAUGAAUUUUGUAACUGUUGAUGAGAUGUUAAAUUUGUUUGUAGAUGAUUAUACUUUCAAAGAAAAGAAAAUUUUUGCCAUUUUGAAUUUGUCAUUGAAAAGAUCAUUGAAUCAAGAUAUUGUCUUGUCUUAUCUAAAAGAUAUUUUACAAGAAAAUGAGCAUUUAAGAAUUGUUUUAAUGACAACAUUUAUUGACAACGUUUACAAAUACGAGAAGUAUUUUUCUAAUAAAAUUAAUGUUACAACAUUUAAAAUGCCUUCCUUGACUCUUCCUGUUAAAACAGUUUGGAAAAAUACUGCACUUCAACCAACUGAUGAUUAUGUUAGUGAAAUAGCUAGAACAGUACUUGCCAUUCAUACGUUGAAUGAUUUUGGAGAUGUGAUGGCAUUUCUGCCUACUAGUGCUGAUACAAAAUCUGCAUCAAUUCAAAUUAAUAAUAAAUUAUGUGAUUUGCAAUUUGAUGAUUUGAAAUGUGAAGUAUUAAAUGAAAAUAGCCCUCAAAAAUCUUGUUUAGAAUUAUUUAAUAAAAGACCUUCUGAUAAAAGAACAGUAUUUUUAGUCACUGAAUGUGGUGAAAUGCUUGUUGUUCCUUCUAUUCGUUAUAUUGUGGAUUGUGGCUUGCGAAAAGAAUACAUAUUUGAUGAUGAUAAAAAAAUAGAUGUAUUAUCUACAACAUUCAUUUCUUGCAGUAAAUCGAAACUUCGUAAAAGUUUGGCUGGAUCUUUCAGUACUGGCAUUUGUUACCGCUUGUAUAGCAAAGAAGAUUAUCUAGAAAUGCCUCAUAAUGAAUAUCCAGAAAUAUUAACUAUCAAUCCAUUUAAUAGUAUGAUAAAAAUAUUUCAGUAUAGACCAGAUACUGCUACAACUGUAGAAUUUGUGGAGUCCUUGCCUGAGAGUACAAAAGAAAGUGCUUUAGAACUAUUGAAGAAAUAUAAUGCUAUUAAGGAUAAUACUCUGACAGAUUUGGGGAAAAAUAUUGUAAAAUUGCCUUUUCCUGCAAAGUACUCAAAACUUAUCUUAUUAGGUAUUCAUUGGGGUUUAGCUUAUGAAGCUGUUAUUCUUGUUGCAUUUUUUUCAGUAAAAGGUAGAGUCUUUCAGUUUUCUACUGAUAUCGAUCGACAAAGAGAGAUAGACGCUGUGAAACUUAGCCUAGUUCAAUAUGAUAGCGAUACACUCUCUUAUCUCUACAUUUAUAAAAUGUGGUUGGAUAGCAAAUGUAGUGAAGCUUGGUGUGACAAGCACUACAUUAAUUACAAUACGCUAAAGAACGUGCAUGCGAAAGUAAAUGAAAUAUGUCAAAUUGUUGGAGAAUCUUUAAAGGAAAAUAUAAAUCAAGAAUUUGUAAAUACUGGAAAGAGUUCUGCAACAUCUUUGUUAGAAAUGCUUUUUGAUUGCUUUUUAGAGAAUCUUUGUGUUUUCACUGGUCAUUACAGAAGCGGAUAUCGAGUGUUAUCUUCACAUUGUAUUGCUUUUCUUCACCCUUCUUCCAUCAUCUGCCAAAUGGAAAAUUUGCCACAAUUUAUAAUUUUUGAUCAUAUGGUUUGCACAAAUCGAGAGUUCCUUAUGUCUAUAACUUCAAUACCUCCCGAUUUCAUCACAAAAGCUAUGGUUGAACAACAAAUCGAUUUUGACUAUUCAGAUAUGUUUGAAAAAUCCUUAGUUCCAAGGGUUAUUGAACCUGUUGGAGAACGAUUGAUUAAACAAGUGCUUUUGGGAAAGAAAGGAAAGAAAUUAAAAGCAAUUGAAGCUCAUAUUAAAUCAUUGUUGUCAACAGAUUCACUUGUCAUUGAACCAAUUGCUGAAAAAGGACAGGUUUUAAUAUAUGCUUUAAAGGAUCAGAUUGAUGAAGCAUUUAAGUUGGUGGAUGAUGUAUUAAAAAGACAAUUUCAAGAUCUUGUUAACCUAGAACAGGUUCAUACUUUGGAAAUGAAGAGAGGGCAAAUUUUAAUACCUAUUGAAAUUAAAUGGCUUAGAGGUGGACAAGUAGCUUCAGUUAAAAUUGGAAAGAAUUCUCAGGGCCUAGUUAAUAAUGCAAGUGAGACUGAUGCUGAAGAAAAUCCACCUGAUCAGCAGCCCUGUGUUGUUCAGCAAUCCAUUAAUGUAACUUGGAUUAGACGUCCUUGCAAUGGAAAAGGUUUUGUGACCUUCCGUAAUGAAGAUUUUAUGAAAGCUCGUAAAUUGACAAUGAAAUCUUUUAAUAUGCUUGAUUCUGAUAUAUUUGUCCAAGUUAGCAGAAAUGAAAAAAAUCAAUUAUAUAUUACUGGAAUAUCAAAGGAAGCCAAACCUUCGGAUUUAGAAACAUUUUUUUCUAAUUUGUUACCUGAUGUAAAGCCUGUUAAAAUUGAGCUGAAAUAUUCAGCUCCUUUUGAAACUUCUGAAGCGGAAUUGGAAGAUAUCCAAAAUAGCAUUGAAGAAAUUUGUUAUAAAUAUUCAAAACUUUCCAAUUUUGAAGUAGUUGUACCUCUUCCUAAACCAACAGCCACUGUCAUGAAAGCAUUUAUAAAUGUGAAAAAUGAGGAAGAUAUUGAAUUAGCUAUUGAAAAUCUAUCAAAGUGUCCGAUUGGCAAUGCGAAAUUAGUAUGUAAACCCGUAUACCGUUCCGUAAUUAAAUGUAGUUUAAAAAUAUGUGAAGCUUUAAAACCUCGUUUUCAGAAAACCUUGACAGAACUUCAAAACAAAUUGAAGGAAAAGUUUGAGUAUGAUGAACUUUUUGAAUUUGUUGUAAAUCAAGCAUCUGAUGAUUUAGCUGUUAUCAAAAUGUUAUCAAAUAAACAAGAAAUUUUGCUGAUGUUACAAAGAGUUAUUAAUCAGUUAUUAGAAGGAGAAGUAUUAAAUAGGAGUUUUAGUUUCAAGCUGAAUAAAAUAUUCUGCCAUGGUGGACACAUGUGGCUAGGAAGCCUAGAAAAAACAUCCAAGGUUCUUAUUAUUGAAGAUUACAAUAAUAAAACUCUUAGACUAUAUGGAACCAAAGAAAAUUGUCACAAUUGUAAACAAAGAAUUCUGCAGUUUUUAGAAGACAGUGAAAAUGAAGCAGUAGCAGUGAUUCAUUUAUCAGGAAAAAGAAAGCUUUUGAAAGAAAUAAUAAAGAAAUAUGGAGCUAAUCUUGAGAAGUUUAUUGAGUCUUGCGAGUUACAAACUGCUGUGUUGGACAUCAAGUCAUGCUCUAUAUCUUUACAUGGAAGUCAAGAUAGCAUUGAAAAAGCUGAGGAAUGUUUAAAUAAGUUAGCUAGUGGAUUGCAUGCAAGUGAUUCCUCUGAGGUUAUUUCCAGUGCAGAAAAGUGUCCAUUGUGUCUUUGCCCUGCUUUCAAUUUAACAUUUCGAUUAGAAUUAUGUGGGCAUUUGUAUUGCAGUGAAUGUAUUGAAGGACUAAUUGACCAAGCAGAAUUUCCUCUUCGUUGCUGUUCAGAGGAUUGCUGCCAUGAUAUCGUUCUUGAUGAUAUUUGUAAAGUACUUGGAGAUGAUCCAGUUAAAAUUAAAGUAUUGUUGGAGAAAUCUAUGAAAUAUUACCUUGAAAGACAUGCUGAUGAUAUUAUUCAUUGCCCAGCUCCAGAUUGUUCCAUGUUUUUCUUUAAAAACGAAAUAGUUGGUGAUAAACAUAAUUGCCCUUUGUGUCAGAAUGACAUAUGUAUUAAAUGCAAUGUUGUAUAUCAUCAAGGAUUUACGUGCGACAUGUACCAGGGUUCUAAGAAUGAUCCAGAUUAUUCUUUUAAAGUAUGGCAGAAAACUGCUGUUGAAUGCAAGAGAUGUCCUAAGUGCAACACUGCAAUUGAGAAAAAUGGAGGCUGUGAUCACAUGACUUGUCACACAUGUAGGUCUCAUUUCUGCUGGGUAUGUGUUCGAGAAUUUCCUGAUGCUGCUGCAGUUUAUCGACAUAUACCUUUCUGCGAUCGGUAUCCUCGAUAGAAAUAAAUUGAUUUUUUUUAUCAAAAUAACAUUGUAUCAUACUAAAUUUGGAAACAUGUUUACUAUAAUUAGAUUGGUGAAUGAUUGUUCAAAUGAAAACAUCACAUUUUUCUUAUAGUUUUCUAUUCUUUGUGUUUUACUUUAUUAAAGGAGCAAUGGGACAAAACUCUAUUUUGGCUUUAGUUGAGAAAUCUGUUUAGUAUUUUUUUUUUAAUAUAAUGAAUCAGAUUGUAAGUAUUUAAUUAAAUCUGUGAAAACUAUUAAUAUGAAAACUGGAAAGGAUGGAUUUUUUUAAAUGGAUAUGAUCAAUAUGCAAAUCAAUUAUUAGAAUAAAAUUGCUACUGACUUCAGGCUUAGCAUGUUCAUCAGUUAAUUUCAAAUAAAAAAUCAGUAAACAAUUCAAACAAAAAUUGCUGCUUUUUAUUUUCCUAAAGAAAAGACUUUUCAUAUACAGCUCAUAAGUAAAAAUACCCAUAUUUAUGUGCUGUGUUAAUGUCUUUUCUUGUAUAAUAGUAGAAAAGUGGGUUUUUAUUCUGAAGCUAAAGCUGUUUAUUUUAUUUAAAUAAGCUGAUAUAAUUAAUGAUAUUUCAGUCUGUUCAUGUUGGUCCUUUUGCAUUGUCUUUAUUAGUUAAGGCAAAUGCGAUUCAUAUUUUAUUGUAAAUAUAUUUACUAUUCCAAGUUGUUGCUGUGCUUAUCAAUCAUGGAAUUUUUUUACAUAUUUACGUUAUUAAAAAUCAAUAUCAAAGAAUGAGUUUCUUGUUAAUUCCCUUGUGAAGUGUUUAUUACUUUUAUGAACCGAAAUUUUCUGUACAUAUAAAUUUUUACAAAUGUAAACUUUAUUUUUCAAGCAUUGUAAAAUACUCAUUUUUUAAGCUGCAACACUGCUGUUGUAUAUGUCUUUCAAUAAUUACCAAUCGAUAAUUCACUUUUGAUAUUUUUGGCUGUAUAUUAAUGGUCAGUGAUGAGAUGAUUGUUUAAAAAAAUACCAAUUUCAGGUGAUUUUCUAAAUAGUUUUUGAAGACUUUAUAGUUAAAAUACAAUAUAUUUAGUAGAUGUAAUGAAAUCAUGUAAUAAUUCAAAUGUGAAAAUACUAGAAAAUGAUUUUGUAUUCAAAUAUGUAA